UGACGGCGGCACGAGCUCAUUCGAUUUUGGACAGUUGGUCAUGAAAUAUUAUAGCGCAACGCGUCGAAAGCGCGACUUGAGGUUCUGAUCUCGAGGGACGCCCGAAACCGAGAGCGGGAAUUGAUGGACCAAGAUGCAUUCACAGCCACCAUAUAUUGAGAUGCCUAAUCCAGAGGCAGUGAAAACAGGCAUGUAUACAGGCAACUAUGCUCGAAUGUACGGUAUAUAAAUGGCCACCAUUCACCGCAAUGUCUCCGAAACCAUCGGAACCACUACUCCAACUCCGCCCAACAACUCAAGCCAAACAGCACCCAAGCAUAGCUAGCCAUGAUCGGCAAAGUAAUCAAAUACGGCGCACUUUUCGCAAUCGCCAACCAAGUAAUCAAAACCAUCCAUAGCAACGACACCAAUGCCGAGCAACAGCAGCAGCCGCAAUCACAUCAACCCGCCAUCAUCCAACACCAAGAUACCUGGCGCGACGCCUCUGGGUACGUCCAUCAGCCCUACUGUAAUGGUCAGUGUAGCGGUCACUGCAACGGACCAAGUCCAUCAGAGCGGUGCUUCGCCGAUGAUGAGGCAUGAGGACGUCCACGAGGCUUACCAAAAAGCCGUUAGCUUGUGAUGCGGAGGCGUACAUCGAAGCGAGAUGUUUGCGGAGACGUCUGUCAUCUGUUGAGCCGAAUUGUCAGUUGUUCAAGCGUGCCAUUAACACAAUUCCGACGUAGGAUAUGGCGAGUCGCUUAGGGAGUUCAACAUGUCAAUCCAGCUCGUACAACCAUAUCUGCCAUCUG